UCAGACGCGCUCGCGAGUUUCCAGUCGACCACACAAACCUCAGAGACUUUUUUUGCGGCUCUAACUUUAGAUUCACAAACAUCAUUUGGCGUCGGUACCACGCAGGAUUAAGCCCACCGACCAGUGCGGUUCGGCCAGAGAAGUUACGAUGACCGCGGUCUGCAGCGGAGCCACCACUAGAGGGUGAGAUCCGUUUGGGACAGGGCUGCAGUGUUUGCACUGUGACUUGGAGGUCUGGACACGGGAUAGCGAAGAGGUCACCGACGCUCUAGCACCAUGGACAUCGGCAACGAUGUGGAUCUGUCCAAUAAAAACAUCACCCCAUUGUGGAGGCGCCGUACAGGCAAUUAUAACCCCCCCCAGGACUCAAGGAAACCGCGACCCCUUAGUUACCAUAUUAAUGGGGUCAUGACGACGGACUUCCCAGUGGAGGACAACAAGUGUUCCUUCACAUUGAGCCAACCUGCUGAGAGGCUGGCGGUCACUCCCCCGAGUUGGGGCAAGAACACUGUGGUGUUGAAGCAUGUUCUGCACAAACCCUCCAAGAAAUCCAGAGUGGUCCGAAGCAUUAGCAUCGGGCACCUCUCCAACGGACUCUUCUCGCUGACCAAGUUUCGGUCCGAGGAUAGCAGAUCCACCUCACUGGACAAUAGAGUGUGUAAUGUAGACCGGCAGAAAACCAAUAAUGGACACACGGUAUUGCAGGAAAAGCAUCUCCAGGACCCCCAGAAAUGCGGGCGCUCAUGGAAAGACCCGAAGCCAUUUGAGAUGAGCUCACCCUCAUCUGAAGCUGUUCUUAACUCCUCUCCUGUCCUAUCUCCACGCACUUCUAACAACAACAACAACAACUACAAUUCUCAAGAACUCUCCUCCCUUUCGUCCGCAUCCAGCCCCUCUCCUCCGGCACGGCGUACCCCCACCCCUUCCCACAGCUCCACCUCCAGCAUCCCCUCCCUUUCUUCCCUUACCUCCUCAGACCCACCGACCCCACGCUCCCCGUCGCCAUCCGACCGAGGACACGCGCUCCUCGGACCGUCCUCGUCCUCGCAGGACACCAGGCAUGCGUCUUUCUCUUCUUCCAUCUCCUCCACCUCACUUUCUCCCUCACUUUCCCCAUCUAUCUCUCCCUCCACCUCCAUCGUCCUCAGCACCCACAGCCUCGCUGCCCUGAAGAUGGGCACCCAGCAGCUCAUUCCCAAGGGCUUAGCAUCCGAUGUUCGGCAGAGCAAGGGGCCUCCCCCUGAGCCGCAGGGCCAGGGUUUAACAGGGAUGCUGGGGCUGGAUCAUUCCAAGCGUGCAUUGAAAGCCCUCAGCAUGGUAGAAACGGGAUCCUACUUUUCUACAGGAGGGGGUCAAGCUGAGGGGACAGAUGGGGAGACCGAGAGCCCGGGGACAAUAAAAAGAGGCCUGAGGAGUACUUCCUACAGGAGGGCAGUCGUGAUUGGAGUCGACUUGGAGGUCCCAUCGGUAAAUUCAAAGGCCCAUCGAUUGUCCCAGCCUGUCUUGAGAUGGCUAGUUGAGGAUAAGAUGGAUUCACCAGUCAGCCCAGCAAGUCCUGGAACUGCAAAGCCCGUCAGCCCCGGGACACCCAAACUUCCGAGCCCCGGGACACCCAAACUUCUGAGAUCUGGUAUACCCAAACCUCCAAGCCCCGGGUCACCCAAACUUAUGAGACCCGGGACAAUUAAACCUACGAGCCCCAGGACAACCAAACCUACGAGCCCUGGGACACCUAAACUAGCCUUCCACAGGAUGUCAAAGCCUACCAGCACAGGGGAAAACAAGAGUCCAGACAAGAAGAAAGUUUUAACCAAUCAGCGGACGUUUGACAGUGAGGAAGAGGAGCUGUACCAGAACUACAAGGAGAAGGCUUUACACAAUGACUCUGAUGAGGAUGCCGAUUCCAGAGAACCCAAACCUGAUGACGGCAUUGUGGUGCAGUACAGACCUAUACGCACCUCCUGGAGCCAGCUCACUGUGGUGAAGAGAAGUGGUCUUUCAGAGCGGCUGAGUCAGGAGGAACGCAAAAGACAAGAGUCCAUUUUUGAGGUGAUCUCGUCGGAGCACUCGUACCUCCACAGUCUGGAGAUCCUGAUCCGCAUGUUCAAGAGCUCUGCGCAGCUCAGCGAGGCCAUAACCAAGACCGAACACCACCACCUCUUCUCCAACAUCACGGACGUCUGUGAGGCCAGCAAAAAAUUCUUUAAGGAAUUGGAGGAGAGACACCAACAGAACAUUGUGAUCGAUGGCAUCAGCGACAUCGUUGACAAGCAUGCUCAGUCCAACUUUGAUCCCUUUGUCACAUAUUGCUCCAAUGAGGUCUACCAGCAAAGAACCCUGCAGAGGCUGGUGUCCAAGAAUCCAGUUUUUAAGGAGGUGCUGACCAGGAUAGAGAGCCACCCAGAUUGUAAAAACCUCCCCAUGAUCUCCUUCCUGAUCCUGCCCAUGCAGAGGAUUACUCGCCUCCCUCUCCUCAUGGAUACAAUUUGUCAGAAGACGCCUAGCGACUCGGCUCAAUACGAAGAGUGUAAGAAGGCUUUACAAGCAGUCAGUAAGGUGGUAAGAAAGUGUAACGAGGGCGCUCGCACAAUGGAGAGAACAGAGAUGAUGUAUACCAUCAACUCUCAGCUGGAAUUCAAGAUCAAGCCCUUCCCCCUGGUCUCAUCCUCCAGGUGGAUGGUAAAGAGAGGAGAACUGACUGCAUUUGUGGAGGACAACGGCAUCUUCCUCAAGCGGAAGUCGCGGCAACAGGUCUAUUUCUUCCUCUUCAAUGACGUCUUCAUUGUCACGAGGAAGAAGAGCGAGGAGAGCUACACCGUGAUCGACUACGCUCUGAGGGACCACAUCUGGGUGGGGUCCUGCCAGCCCGAGGAUCUCAACCUGUCGCCGGUCCGAAGCGGCGGCGGCAUGCUGAGUUCACGGCAAGCCGGCGCCAACCAUCUCUUCCGUCUGCGUUUCCGUAGCAACCACUCCGGCGAAAAGGUGCCCAUGGUGCUGGGCACGGAGCUGCUGAAUGAGCGCGCUCGCUGGAUCAGCGGCCUGGGCCAGAACGUCAACAACAACAAGAGUCAGGACCGAACCAACGUCAUGCAGGUGGAGGUGAUCAGAACCUACACCGCCAAGCAGCCAGAUGAGUUGUCCCUGCAGGUGGCUGAUGUGGUGCUGGUCUCGCAGACUGUGGAGGACGGCUGGUACGAAGGCGAGCGACUGCGCGACGGGGAAAGGGGGUGGUUCCUCGCCGAGUGUGCCGAACCAAUCACGUGCCAGGCCACCAUCGAGCGCAACAUGCAGAGGAUGGACCGCCUCCAGGGGUUGGAGACCAACGUAUGAGCCCGGCGCUUCAAACCAGAGGGCGCCGCUCAGCUGGCAGCCUGUGACUCAACAGCGACCUUUCCUUUGUAAGAACAAACGAGUUCAGUCACCGCAUCAGUGGCCGGCGGCCCGACUGUCCACAGCGGGUUAAAGGUCAAGCCGUGGUUCUUAAGACUUCAGCUCCGAGAGUUCAACAAUUUCGAUUUCCUUAAUUGCCGAUUGGUCCCCAUGCGAUUGGGAUCCUUUACAUUCAUUCAUCACGUCCUGCCAGUCACGUCCUUCAAAGCCUUUGAAUGUGAACUUUUUCUGUUUUUUUCUCUCCAAACAUUUAUUGAGUGACAGAUGUGCGCUGUAAUAAUUGAGGUGAAAUAGACCAAAGACUGUGAGGACGACAGCAGCCCGAUGAUGAGGAUCAUCAAGUCAUUAGGAUCUUCGUCAGUGACAAUGUCACGAUGACGAUGUUGGCUGUGAGAUAAUAAGGCGGGGGGGGGGCAGCUUCUUUACAGUGUUGGUUAGUGGAGAACUCGUGUUUCUGAACAAGUCAAACUUGUAGAAUGAUAUUUACAAGUAAACUCAGAUCUGCAGUAAAACCAUGAAUGCUAACCGUCUGAAGUCCAUGAAACGUGGUGUCAUUCAUUGAAUGAGAAUUUGAGUUCCAGGUGUAAUGUCGUGACGUCCACGGCUGAAGGAGAAGUAUCCGUCCUCCACCGCCGUGACUCAAACUCUACAUGUGUCACGGAUCCUAUUUUUCUCUCCGUCCGCUCAAUAAUUGGGACGGCCUGAAAUAUCAUCACCUUCGAUCGCAGCCGGGGUUGUAAAUAAAGACACGCCCCCCUCAGGAUUUAUACCUGUGAUGUUACGGAGGGAAGCAGAAUGAAUUAGUGUGUGCUGCUGAUGGGGAGACCGGAAGAGAAGCUCGCCCCCUGCUUCUUUCUUUUUUUAGUGUCGCCGUGGCCCGCCAAAGGAGAUGGAUGGCGUGGUCAGAGUGGUGAAGACACCGUCCAUCAGGCCCACCGCGCUGACCCAAAGGACAACUUGAGCUACAUGUAGCGGGCGGAGCACCCAGCAGGAAGGACGGGGGUAUCCAGACAAAGCGUUGCUCUUGCACUCAGGGAACAUGACCUCUGCAACACCACACAUAAGCAUGAACUUCUCUUUAUUUCAAUCACUUCCUGAACUUGUAACUAUUGUAAAUCAUCGGUGUUCAUGUAAAUAUGUAAAUCAGCCUGAAUUGUAACAUAUAUGUUUGCCAAAAUACAGAUUUAUAUUGCGGAAACUGCAGACAACCUUUUUAAUAUUUCAAAUAAAAGCUUAAUUGCCUGGA